AUGAUCUGCGUGAUCACCGGGGAGCUCCGACUAUUCAAGGUCGACCGACGAGACGCGGCGACUCUAGGCCCCAUUAUUGCAGUCAACGUUGAACCGGGGACCACCAUCCACAGUGAUGAAUGGGCCGCAUACAACUGCAUCCCGAACUUAGUGGGGGCUAACGGAGCGAGCCUCAAUUUGGUAACUGCACCGCUGCUGGAGUCGCACCUCAUAUGGCUGUGGUGGGAGUCGAUUAAUGGCCACACGCGCUGCAAAGACUCGUUUCUGCGUUUAUUAGAAGCUAUCGCACGGCGCUACCCAGUGUGA